CCGGGCGCCCUGCGCCCGGCCCCGUGGGCGGCGUCCGCGCGGGGGGCCUGGGGGCUCUCGGGCCAUGGUGCUCGGAGCCGCCCGCAGGCCGCCGCGCGCCGCACCCGGGGCGGCUGCCGCGGCGCCCUGGCGGAGGAGAUAGCUGCAGCUAUGAACCCGAGCAGCCUCGGCCGCCUGAACAAG